AUGGCUUCCAUCCUUUCAUACCUCCCGCUGGUCAACCGGCUCCUGGCCGCACCCAGCGAGCCACCAGCCGUCAAGCUCACGCCGGUCGAGGUCUUCAACGUCGAAACCAACCCCGACAAGCGGGCGCGCACGCUCAAGCACCUGCUCAGGGCCAACCACGUCAACCACGCGCUCCUCUACCGAAAUCUGCAGUUCGACAACCACAUGGUCUACGCCCUCUGCACGGCCUACCAGCUCGGCGCCGGACCGGAACAGCUGCACUACGUCUACAACGAGGAAGCCAAGCUGCUCCUGCCAUGGCCCGACUCGCCGGGGCAGAUCGCUGAGGACAACUGGGUGGACUGCGUGGGGGACAAGCACUAUCAGCGGGCGUUUAUCGAUUUCUUCGAGGACGAGCUGGCGCUGAAGCACGCGUACGAUUGGCGGAAGAUGGUGCCGGAGUUUCUGUUUCACCCGGAGCGGCCGCUGGUCAGCUGUCUCGUGGGGGGGCUUGGCCACCCCCUCAUCCACCUCGCCUACGCCUACGAGUUCGACAGCCGCACCAUCGCCGUAGAAGCCAUCACCCAAGCGGCCAUUCAGCACAACUUCCUCCACCGUUACACCGACGACCCCUCCUACACCCGCCCAUCCCCCUUCUCCUCCUCCUCGCCACGAGACCUCUUCCAAAAACUCUCCCACGACACCCGUUUCGACGGCCUCUUCGGCACCCCCGGCUGGCGCAACGUCAAAGCCCUCUUCGACCACCACGAAGAUUUACUAUUAGACUACUGGAAUGCCUGGGACCUCACCCCCCCACAAGGAGCAGCAUCAGGAGGAGGAAACGACAUAACCGCCCACUUCCGCGCCGCCCAAUCCGCCGCCUUCUCCGUCGUCAUCGCCAGCGCGGCCCCGGGAACAGCCGCCUACAACCUUUUCCUCGUGCACAUCCUCACCACCAGCCACGCGGUGCGCAUCUUGUUGCCGCACAUCCCCGCGCGCUACCACGUGCUGCUGCUUCGUCAGUGGUGGCUGCUCGCGCUGGCGGUGUAUAUCGGCAUGCUACGGCCGAAGAUUAAUGAUGAUUGGAUUCCGUCUGAGCCGGAGUACUUGGAGGGGAAAGGGUGGGAGUAUGCGGAGAAGAAGGCGAUGGCUUCGGAGUGGAGGGGGGAUGCGCAUUAUAUUAAGACUGUGUGGAUGCUGAGGGGGGCGGCGACUACGUGGGGGGACGAGAAUAAUCGGUAUCUGGCGGGAGCGGUGCGGUUUGUGGAUGAGUUUAAGGGGUGGGUGGAUCCGGGGUAUGGGAGUAAAGAGUUCGUGGAGUGGGAUAUAUGA